CUAUAUCAUGAACGGAUUUCCAUAUGUAACAAACGCAUAUAUGCGCAGUUCUUAUUCAGUAUAACGAAUAUACAGAAAGGCAAAAAUAGAAGAAGAAAAAAACCUAACAACGUAUUUAAAGAAGAUUUGAGUUAUGGAAAAGAUUACCAAUUACUUCUUCCAUCACGAUUCUAAUCCACACGGACACCGUGGGAAUCACAAAUUUCCAGAAUUCCUCAUCGAUCCCAUUUUGCUGACAAAAAUUCCUUGCGAAAAUGGUGUGCUUGACAUUUGCUUGUUAGGGAAGGAUAAAGUGGGUAUCUGCUCCUAUUUAAAAAAGGAAUUAAACAUUUUCGAAACUUCAGGUUUCCAACACGAUGCACUGCCUUCCAAAGGGAAUCCCCAAUACCUGAGUAGGAGUGAAGGCAGUAUCAUGUAUACAGAAUUAGAAGGGAAUACUGUAAGCAAAACUGAAUAUCCACCUUCCCAAAAUAGAGAUGAUCAAGAUGUUGAAAUGGUGUCAGAGAAAGGAAUUAUUAAAGAGCCAGAGAAGAGGAGAGACAAUACAACAAGUGCCACCGCAUCCGAUAAAGACAGCGAAGCUUUAAAGAAACAAAGCAAGAAAAAUGCGAAGAAGAAGCGUGAAAAAAAGAUGGAGGUGGAUGAGGAGAAUAAGAAUACAAGCAAAAUAGAAAGAAAAAUAAAUGACGGUGCAACUGAAAGAAACAGAAAAACAAGCGAUAUUCUUAUAACAGAGAAAUGGAUUCCACGGGGAAUACACUGUACAAAAUCAGGAGGUGCGAUCGUAUGCCUUUGGAACGGACUACGGGGUGAAAGAUCGCAGGGAAAAGUCGUAAAAUAUAGCAAGGAUGGAGAAGUGUUGAAGGAAUAUGAAACCCACCACCACAACCCUCUUUACGCUCGCCCUAUGUAUGUUACCGAAAACCAUAAUGGGGAUAUUUGCGUUUCAGACUGGGAGAGAAAAAGUGUCAUUGUAGUGAACCAGUCAGGUACGAAAAGGUUCGAAUAUGAAAGACAUAAGAUGCAAAAUGAUGAAGAACAGGAAUUUGAUCCAAGAGGUCUGUGUACAGAUUCCCUGAAGAACAUUCUUAUUGCUGAUUAUUGGUGUCAUCGACUUCAUGUAUUGGACGAAAAUGGCCAUUUCAUACGCUUUCUAAUCUAUCAAAAUGCACGAGGCCCAACUGGAAUUUGCAUCGACGAAAACAACUUGCUUUACGUUUGUGAAUUGGGAGGGAAAAGCAUCAAUGUGAUAAAGUAUUUGAAAGAAACAAUUAAACCAGAGUAAAGUACAGCUAGAAAGUACUGGUGCAUAUCUUCGUAUUUAUCAUCUCAAGGAUAUUGGUCCCUGAGAUUUAGUGUACCCUGAUGUGUGAUUUAGUGAAAGAAGUUUUGAUUUUAACCACUUACGAAUGGAAAUUUUUCAAUUGAACUUAAUGAAUUCGUGUGUCGUUAAUAAAGGAUUCCAUAUGUAUAUCAUGCAGCUGCUUACCACUGUAUGUAAUAAGUUCAUAGUAUUAUCAACUGUUUAAUUGUCUGAUCAUACUGAUUAUCAAAGUUUAAACUGAUAUCAUUUGAAUGUAGAGUUUAUAAACUAUAUACUGUGAAUUUUAAUGAACAGUAGUACCCACUUAGAACCGUGAUAUGUUAGGGAUAUUUACUAAGGGAUAUAACAUUUGCGUAUUGUGUUACGGUGAAUUCUUCAUCAAAUCCUAACAAUGCCUGUAUCUUCAUCUAAAGUUAUAUUGUUAAAAAAUAACACUUGUAUAUCUUAUAUCUAUUUUGACACUAGUACUUGUGAACGCCGUAGGAUAGUACAGAGAGGCACGGGGGAGAAAGUAUACCAACUCAUUCGAUGCUUCAUCGGAACAUAUCCGAUGGUCCGGGUUUGUCAUAUUCUCGAUUUUGUAUUCUUUAUGGGAAUUAUAAGAUUGAUCACUGUUUGUUAUCUUUACUUUUGUCAUUUUCCUUAACCGUAUUUCUCAAUAAAUACAUAAUAAAAUAUCAA